UUAAGUAUAUAUAAAGAACCGAAUAUCUGUCGUUAGUAGAGUUUAUCUUUCACCAUGAACGGAUACUUCGUUCUCUUAAUCGCUUGUCUGGCAACUGUCGGUCAUGGCCUGCCAACUCAGAUUGUUGGCGGUACUGACGCCGAAAUCGGCAAGUAUCCGUACAUGGUGUCUUUGAGAAAUAACAAUAAACAUUUUUGUGGUGGAUCCAUCAUCAAUGUGCGUUACAUUCUCACUGCAGCUCAUUGUCUCACGGGAUUUAAAACAAACGCUGACGUCGCUGAUAUGACGGUUCACGCUGGCACGAAUUUCUUGAAUCAAUCCGGUGAUGUUUAUAACGCUGAAGCAGUCAUUAUCCACGAGAAAUUUAAUAUUGUGCUGAUUCGCAACGACAUAGGUUUGGUCCGCUUGAAGACAGAUAUAAAAUACAAUGAAAUAGUGAAACCAAUCGAUCUCGCAAGCACUAACUCCGUCGAGGAUGGACAUCCCUGCCUCUUGACCGGAUGGGGUACACUUGAGUUUAUGGGCAAAGUGCCUAAUGAGCUUCAGAAACUCGACUUGAAAGUUUACUCGCAAACAAAAUGCAAGCGAACGUUUGUGAAUCUGAAAAACAGUCACAUUUGCGCAUUUUCGCAAUACGGCGAAGGAGCAUGUCACGGUGAUUCCGGCAGUCCACUCGUUGCGGAUGGUGUUCAAAUUGGUAUCGCCUCGUUCGUUCGACCAUGUGCUAUCGGAUAUCCGGACGCGUACACGAGAGUGUACUCUUACAAAAAUUGGGUCUCACAAAAUGUUGUUCUUUAAACGAUAAAGUUAUUAAUAUUCUGUUUCGAUCUCAACACACAUCUAAUAUCCUUUUUGUGAUAUUGUUCUCGCACUUAUGUAGACAUAUCAUGCAAUGACGAAAUAAUACUCAGUUAAAUAAAACAUAUGCGUGGUAAAAUUAAAAAAAAAUAAUAUCUCACAAUUUUAUCUUUAUUAAAUUUAUAUCGCAGCUGCAAUCAAAGAUAAUCUACUGUCUUAUAUUAAUAGAUAAAUAAAAAUGUGUCUAACUGCA